AUGAUCCAAGACCCAUAUACUGACGAAGAUCCCGAGUAUCGCGAUACUCCAUUAGUUUCUUCCGUUCCUCGUCCUACACUUGAAACAUGCCCUCCUCCUUUACAGUCUCAACAGUAUCAAAGAUCAGAUCAACACCAUCAAAAUUAUCAGGGUUAUAAUAAUUAUAAUUCAACACCCCAGAUAACUUCUACUCAACCUAUUUAUACGAAUACUUCUCCAAAUGAACAUUCAAAUCAGCAGCUAGUAACUCCGAUCGAGAUUGAAAAACAAAAAGCUAGUUUUUUGCCUUGCAAAAUUCCUUAUGAAGAAAAAAAACUUAUUAAUGGAUUAAAACUCGUAGUAGGACCUAUUGUUGAACCAGAUUAUAAUCAAUUUUGUGAAGCUGAAAUUGUGCGAUUACUUCAUGAUAAAAAGAAAGCUUUAAAAUGUAUCCCUCAUGAACAAUUUACCGCUGCUCGUGGAAAAUCUAAUCCUUAUGAAAAAGUUGGUAAAUCUAUUUUCAUGAAUCGUGCCGCUUGUAAAUUGGCUUGUUUGGAUGCAUUAGUUAAUUUUACCGGUAUAAAAAGAUAUGACCCUGUAAAAGAUCUAGCUUACGGUUGGGGUAUUACUUUAACCGGUGAUAAGAAUUAUGAUUUAAAUAGAUUCAAAUCUGAUACUAUGGUUCGCGACUGUUUUAAACCUUCUUAUGGUGCGGAUGGUACAGGUGAUAUUUAUAAGGAAGAAAAUAUUCGAUAUUUCGCAAAUGAGGUUAUGGAGGGGACUAAAAAUGAGGGGUCUGAUUUGGUUACUGCCGAUGGGGGAAUUGACGUUCGAGGUCAUGAACGUCUUCAGGAACUUCAUUUAAAACAACUUGUAUUAUGUCAAAUAAUUACAAUGUUUAUGACUUUACAAAAGAGUAAACAAAUUUCCACUAAACUUGUUAUUUUUAUGCUUCAAUCCAUUAUUGAUUUUG